AUGCCUUUGAUUAAAUCGUUUUACGACGACUGGUACGCUUCGAAGACCGAGGAAGAGAGUACAACGAUGAUGAACAGCGCGAAACUCUCGAAAUCUUUAUCCGUCUGGUGUACUAUUUUCAUUCAGUGCAUGGUGACCGCCUAUAUCAGCAUCCGGACGUUCACGAUUGCCAAAACUGACGUAACCAAGGAGCUCCAGGACUAUUUAGUCAUUUAUCCAGGAUACUAUCCUUUCGAUAUGAGACAGACCUCGUUCAGGAUAAUAGCGAACGUGGCUCAAGUGUUCGCUGCCUACUGCGCAACCAUCCCCUACACCGGCGUCGAUAUUUUCAUAGCUAUGCUAGUGUUGCACACCUACGGACAGUUCCAAAAUUUGAAUAGAAAAUUAGAAAACUUGAUGGACGAGGCGGCUGGAAUAAAAAAAUCUAGCGACAUUCAGGAGGAGCUGACUUGGAUCGUCAAGAGACGUGAACAUCUGAACUGGUGA